AUGAAUGGCACUGACAUGGAGGAAAUACCGUUUCAGAAAGUCAAGACCAAGAGAAAGAAGUGUUGCCACUGCUGCUGCUCCCCGCCGGCUGCCGCGGCGUCGGGAGCGGGAGCCGGGUUGGGGGACCCUCCUCCCUCGCUGCUGCUGGAUGCCAUCGCCUGCGAAGACGAGUUUGACUGCAAGGAAUUGGAGGCUCUCUUCCAGAGCUACAACCUGAAGCUGGAGCAGACGUCCACCCUCAAGGCGCUGGCCGUCCUCAUCGUGCUCACCGCCAGCCUAGCCCUGGUGGAGCUGCUCUCCGGCCCCAGCCUGACCAUCUCUAAAGGUUCGCACCCGGUGCACUGCAUCAUCUUCCUCUCCCUCUUYAUCGUCACCAAUGUCAAGUACCUGCAGGUCACCCAGCUGCAGCAAAUCGUCAAGCUCACCUUGCUCUUCAGCUUCACCUUCUCCUUCCUCUGCUGCCCCUUCUCUCUCGGCGCCUACGGCAUGGAGCCGCCCAGCGCCCCCGAGCAGGGCAUGUGGCAGCUCAUGCUGGUAACCUUCGUCUCCUACUCGCUGCUUCCCGUCCGGACUCUGCUGGCCAUCGUCUUCGGGCUGGUGGUGUCGGUCUCCCACCUCAUCGUCACCGCCACCUCCGUCAAUGCCAAGCGGCAGCGGCUCUGGAGGACGCUUGUGGCCAAUGCAAUCCUUUUUGUCAGUGUAAAUUUGUAUGGGGUCUUUGUGAGGAUUUUGACAGAAAGGGCUCAGAGAAAGGCAUUCCUUCAGGCCAGGAACUGCAUUGAGGACAGGCUGAGGCUGGAGGAUGAAAAUGAAAAACAGGAACGUCUCUUGAUGAGCCUUUUGCCCAGGAAUGUUGCAAUGGAAAUGAAGGAAGACUUCCUGAAGCCUCCUGAAAGGAUUUUCCACAAGAUUUACAUACAAAGGCAUGAUAAUGUUAGCAUUUUGUUUGCAGAUAUUGUGGGAUUCACUAGUUUGGCAUCACAGUGUACUGCCCAAGAGCUGGUAAAACUGCUGAAUGAGCUUUUUGGAAAAUUUGAUGAAUUAGCUACAGAAAAUCAUUGCAGAAGAAUAAAAAUCCUAGGAGACUGUUACUACUGUGUAUCAGGAUUGACUCAGCCCAAAACAGAUCAUGCCCAUUGCUGUGUUGAAAUGGGACUGGAUAUGAUUGACACGAUUACAUCUGUUGCAGAAGCCACAGAGGUUGAUCUCAACAUGAGAGUUGGAUUACAUACAGGCAGGGUGCUUUGUGGGGUCCUGGGUCUCCGAAAAUGGCAAUAUGAUGUCUGGUCAAAUGAUGUGACUUUAGCUAAUGUGAUGGAAGCUGGAGGACUGCCUGGGAAAGUUCACAUUACAAAGACUACCUUAGAAUGCCUAAAUGGGGACUACGAGGUAGAACCAGGAUAUGGUCAUGAAAGGAAUAGCUUCUUGAAGAAGCAUAAUAUUGAAACAUUUUUUAUUGUGCCAUCCCAUCGUAGGAAGAUAUUUCCUGGACUGAUUCUCUCAGAUAUUAAGCCUGCCAAAAGAAUGAAGUUCAAGACAGUCUGCUAUCUGCUUGUGCAGCUCAUGCACUGUCGCAAGAUGUUCAAAGCCGAGAUCCCUUUCUCCAAUGUCAUGACAUGUGAGGAUGAUGAUAAGAGGAGAGCAUUAAGGACAGCCUCUGAAAAACUCAGGAAUCGUUCCUCUUUUUCUACCAAUGUUGUAUACAACACUCCAGGAACCCGAGUAAACAGAUAUAUCAGUCGCUUGAUAGAGGCCCGGCAAACUGAGUCCGAGAUGGCUGACUUGAACUUCAUUACCCUGAAGUAUAAGCAAAUUGAGCGUGAAAAUAAAUACUACCAGCUUCAGGAUGAGUACUUCACCAGUGCUGUAGUUCUCUCACUAAUUCUAGCUGCCUUAUUUGGCCUUGUCUACCUUCUAAUAAUACCACAGAGUACCAUAGUUCUUGUUCUCCUGGUGUUCUGCAUAUGCUUCCUAGUGGCUUGUAUAAUGUAUCUACAUGUCACACGAGUACAAUGUUUUCCAGGGUGCCUGACAAUACAAAUUCGUACAAUUUUGUGUAUUUUUAUUGUGAUCUUAAUAUAUUCCGUGGCUCAAGGCUGUGUGGUUGGCUGCAUGCCUUGGGUUUGGAAUACUAAUUCCAGCAGCUCAAUAGUUAUAAUUUCUCCUGGUGGAACAAAUAAAACAAUGAAUGAACUUCCAUGUGACACAGCCCACUAUGCUUUCCUUUCCUGUGUAGUGGGGACUCUCACCUUGGCAAUAUUUCUACGAGUAUCUUCCUUGCCAAAAAUGAUUCUCCUGCUUUUUGUUACAAUUUUGUACAUAGUUAUUCUGGAACUCAGUGGUUACAGAAAAGCAGUGGGGGGCGGCUCGUUUUAUAUGCGUGGCUAUGAACCAAUACUAGCUAUUUUGCUGUUUUCUUGUACUUUGGCACUGCACUCAAGACAGGUGGACUUGAAACUGCGUCUGGACUACCUCUGGGCAGUGCAGGCAGAAGAAGAGAGAGAUGAUAUGGAGAGAGUCAAGCUGGAUAAUAAAAGAAUUCUUUUCAACCUGUUGCCGGCCCAUGUUGCACAGCACUUUCUCAUGUCUAAUCCAAGAAAUAUGGACCUUUAUUACCAAUCAUAUUCACAAGUGGGAGUGAUGUUUGCUUCCAUCCCAAAUUUCAAUGAUUUCUACAUUGAAUUGGAUGGCAAUAAUAUGGGAGUGGAAUGUUUACGUCUGUUAAACGAAAUUAUUGCUGAUUUUGAUGAGCUUAUGGACAAAGAAUAUUAUAAGGACAUAGAAAAGAUCAAGACAAUUGGAAGUACAUAUAUGGCAGCGGUGGGACUCGUACCUACUUCAGGAACUAAGGCUAAAAAAUCAAUUUAUUCUCAUCUGAGUACACUGGCAGAUUUUGCAAUAGAGAUGUUUGAUGUUCUUGAUGAAAUCAACUAUCAGUCUUACAACGACUUUGUCCUACGAGUCGGUAUUAAUGUUGGGCCAGUAGUGGCGGGAGUCAUUGGAGCCAGAAGACCACAGUAUGAUAUCUGGGGGAACACUGUGAAUGUUGCCAGCCGGAUGGAUAGUACUGGAGUGCAGGGAAAGAUUCAGGUGACAGAAGAAGUUCAGCGGAUAUUAAAAAGGUGCAGUUAUGAAUUUGUGUGCAGGGGUAAAGUCAGUGUAAAGGGAAAAGGUGAAAUGUUGACCUAUUUCCUGGAAGGAAAGGCUGAUGGAAAUAAUUCCCAAACACGGUCUUUAAACUUAGAGCGGAAAAUGUACCCUUACGGGAGAGCAAACAUUCAAACAAAACUGGGCACCAGCUGUCCAUCAGUGUCCUCAGCUGCUAGCUUUGCUGUAAAACCUGGGCUUGGAGCAGGCCAAGCAUCUGCCACUCACACAAACCAAACACUGCAUUAUCUUCCCUCUGUGCCAGCUGUGAAGGAGGCAUAGAACAAAGGAGAUCUGAUUGUGCCACUUUCAGUAAAUGUGGAAAGCAAUGGUUGCCUGAAAUUUUUCCAAGAAGUCAGAGAUCAUAGGCCAUAGCAUUAACCAAGGACCACUACAACCCAACCAAAGAGAACUUGGGGACUGUGUAAUGAACUCUUGGGAUGGAACAUAUAAGGGCUAGCAAUUCUGUUAGGAAAAGUCAAAAUGGGAUUUUCUGGAAACGAGGAAUAUUUUCUUGUCAUUUUUAAACAGUAAAUGAAGAAAACUUAGAUAAAUGUGCAAGCAAUUAUUUAUGUGUGUGUGUAUAUAUAUGGUUUAAUCUAUAUAUGCACAUAUACAAACAGUUCUGUGUAGACUUAAUAGAGAUUUAUAAACAUCAAGGCAUGUAUUUAUUUACACAUCCACCUGCAGUGACGUCGCAAAGAGAUUUCUCUUUCUGUGAAAGCCAGCAUUGUUAGGCCUGGGAUUAACAAAGCUGCAUUUAACCAUGGAAUGUGGGACACCUGGAGACUCUCCAUGSCUACAGCACGACUUUAAGAAACUGUGCUCCCAGUGCAUGAGUUAACACAAUGGGCACCGUGUUUAUGGUGCAGUCAAUGGCAGAUUAAUGAAGAUUGGUUUCAGCUAAUUACAGAACCCUACAUAUUUUUAAAAAUUCUCCUUGCAUGCUCCAAAACCUUCCAAAAACUUUCAAACCAUUACACUAUGAUAUGAAGUAGAUAAACCACAAUGCUUAAAUUUUAGGCCGGAGAACAAUAUAUAGUCUUUUCAUUUUAAAAAAUACAAGAGUGGUAGAGCUUAGAAUUUGCUGCCUCUUUGUAGGUCAUUUGACUCUGUGCAAGACAGAGGAGCCACUCUGCAAGCAUAGCAAUAUGUUUAUGCAAUAUAGAAACAUUCCUUUAUGUACAGUGCUGAUUUUACUGAGGAGCAGAAGGAUAGUAUUAUUUUAGGCUUUUAGGAAUAGCACAAGUCCUGUGGCUCAGGUCCAGGAUUUACCAUUCUAAACAGCUCAAAGAAUAGUCCUAUACUGGUGACAAACAUGCUGUUGCUAGUUUUGUGACAUUUGUAUGUUUGCCAACAUAAUUUUACAUCUUAAUUGAUUUUUAAACUUAUGCCACAGUUUUAUUAUAUCUUGAUUCUAUCCAGACUAACUCUUCAAAGCUGUACAAUUAUAAAAUGCUUUAAUUCUGAGAAACAAGCACAGUCAAACUUUGCCCAAAUGAAGAGCAUUKGUAAGUGUGUCAGGAGAGCAAGGCCUGCUCUUAAUCUGCAUAAAAAAGGUAUAUAUUUUGCUUGCUUUUUUCUUUACUGCAACCCGCAUCAUGUUGUUCAUAGUUUCAUCCUGAAAUGCUGAUCUGGAUGGGAAAUGUAGAGUGCAACUCCAUACUCAGGGUGGAAGUAGUUGAAGGUGAUCCUGCUGAGGGACAUUCCAUUCCAUUCCAUUCGGGGAUGGAAUGUCCUGAUGGGGACUCACAGGCUAACCUCACUGGUUUCCAAAAAAGAAGCAAAACUUUGCAUUGUCUAAAAAACAUGCAAAACUUCCUUUUAACAAGUAAAACGAUCCCCUC